CUGGGCUUUUGGGAUUUUUAAAUUUGCCUCUUAUGGUCAGGCCUGAAAAAACAGCUGCCUGCCACUAAAGCAGUGAACUAAAUCUAAAGCAGAGCUGGGGGUAAGUAUAAAGGGGAGUCUGACACCAACCUCUUGGGUAAUUCCCUUGCAAAACCACCACCUUUCCCGUGCCAGGAGGGGUUUUGAAUCAUGUGGAAGGGAGUCUGUGCCCCUGGGAGGGGAAAUGCUGCACCACUGCUCCCCCUGGCUUUGCUGGGGCAUUAAUGAGGAGCGAUGCUGUUGCUUCUGCAAUUAUUUGUUAACCUUCCCCUUGUGCUGGGGAGCUGAGGGCAGGUGGUUUCCAAGGAAUCCAGCACCUGAGAUCCCCAGUAAAUCCCCAAAACGCUCUCCAUGUCUUGCUGACUGCACAGUCUCAUCCUGAACAUCCCAGCCUUUAUCAAGUCCUCGCUCCAUCAGCGUCCUCUGGGGAAAUCCGUGUUCCUCUGUCCUUCCCCAGGCCAGGGACAGCCCAGCAGGUCAGGCAGGCUUUGUGGGGGGCACUGCUGGGUGGGCUGUGUCGCAGCACCAGGGCAGGGCAGUGCCUGGCAGCCCCAAAAACCGCUGAGGGAAGCAGAUGGGUUUCAGGGCCAGCCUUAAAGGAGGGAAGUGGAAAGCAGAUUUCGGAGCAGGAAGGGUGCUUUGCACAGUGUCCUGUGCAGCUGGGUAAUGUUCCUGCCCUGCUGAGACGGCAGAAGAGUGAUGGGAAGUGACCUCUGACUCCUGUGCUAAAAGGAGAAGUGAUGCUAUGGGAGAUACCAGCCCCGAGCUGACCGGCCCUCCUCAUCUGCCCCGUGUCAUGCCCGAGGUAUCCACGGCCCGAGGCUUGGCCAGGCUGCUGAAUCCACCCUCUGGGCUCAGGGGGACGGCUGAGCAGCAGUGCCAGCCCACGGGAGACACGCUGCUCCUACCCAGGCUGGCGAGGAGCCCCGUGUGCUGCCAGCACCGUCCCCGUGGGCAGCGCCGCGGCGUCACCGCGGGCUCCGGCCCUUCCCCGCGGCCCCGCAGCGUCCGUGCAGCACCAGGAGGAAGCUCUGCCCCGUCCUCACCCUUCCCCAGCCUGGCUGAGCACCACAUGCUGGACAAGGGGGACGUGACCACUCUGAACCUGCCCCCGGGCGCCGGGCACGGCGACGCCGACGGCACCGUGUGCCUGGACGUGCCCGAUGGCACCCCCGACCCGCACCGGACCAAAGCCGCCAUCGAGCACCUGCACCAGAAGAUCCUCAAGAUCACGGAGCAGAUCAAGAUCGAGCAGGAGGCGCGGGAUGACAACGUGGCCGAGUACCUGAAGCUGGCCAACAACGCGGACAAGCAGCAGGCGUCGCGCAUCAAGCAGGUGUUCGAGAAGAAGAACCAGAAGUCGGCGCAGACCAUCGCGCAGCUGCACAAGAAGCUGGAGCACUACCACAAGAAGCUGAAGGAGAUCGAGCAGAACGGCCCCUCCCGCCAGCCCAAGGAUGUGUUCCGGGACAUGCACCAGGGCCUCAAGGACGUGGGGGCCAACGUGCGCUCCAGCAUCAGCGGCUUCAGCGGCGGCGUGGUGGAGGGCGUCAAGGGCGGCCUCUCGGGGCUCUCCCAGGCCACCCACACGGCCGUGGUGUCCAAGCCGCGCGAGUUCGCCAGCCUCAUCCGCAACAAGUUCGGCAGCGCCGACAACAUCGCCCACCUGAAGGACACGCUGGACGACGGGCACCCCGAGGAGGCCUCGCGGGCGCUCAGCGGCAGCGCCACGCUGGUGUCCAGCCCCAAGUACGGCAGCGACGACGAGUGUUCCAGCGCCACGUCGGGCUCCGCCGGCGGCAGCAACUCCGGCGCGGGGCCCGGCGGGCUGGGGAGCCCCAAGUCCAACACGCUGGACAGCCACCACAACAACUUCGACACCAUCCUGGAGGAGCUGCGGGAGAUCAAGGACAGCCAGUCCCACCUGGAGGACUCCAUGGAGGACCUCAAGGCGCAGCUGCAGCGGGAUUACACCUACAUGACGCAGUGCCUGCAGGAGGAGCGCUACAGGUACGAGCGCCUGGAGGAGCAGCUGAACGACCUCACGGAGCUGCACCAGAACGAAAUGACCAACCUGAAGCAGGAGCUGGCCAGCAUGGAGGAGAAGGUGGCCUACCAGUCCUACGAGAGGGCACGGGACAUCCAGGAGGCCGUGGAGUCCUGCCUGACGCGGGUGACCAAGCUGGAGCUGCAGCAGCAGCAGCAGCAGGUGGUGCAGCUGGAAGGGGUGGAAAACGCCAACGCCCGGGCCCUGCUGGGCAAGUUCAUCAACGUCAUCCUGGCCCUCAUGGCCGUGCUGCUCGUCUUCGUCUCCACCAUCGCCAACUUCAUCACGCCGCUCAUGAAGACCCGCAUGCGCAUCCUCAGCACCGCCCUGCUCGUCCUCCUCCUCUUCUUCCUCUGGAAGCACUGGGACUCCAUCAGCUACUUCCUGGAGCACGUCCUGCUCCCCAGCUGAUCCCGCAGCUCGGGGUGGGGGGCUUUCCAUUUCCCGCCGAGGAGAGGGAGGAGGGCACGGGGGUCCAAAAGCCUUCGGGGUUGUUUCUUCAUGCGCUCGGUCCGGCUGCUUUCCCGGCCCUCGGUGGUCGCCUGGAGUUGGAGUUGGGAUCCCUCAGUCAGUCCUCUGGGGUGUUUGGGGAGGGUGGGAUGGGGAACGAGGAAGAGUUUUGGAAGACAUUUUUGGUUUAUGGGGCGCUGGGUUUUUUCUAGGGGGGUUUUGGAUGGUUUUUUACCCCGAAGUCCGUGGGAAGGAGAUCUUCUGCAGGGCUCUUCAGGUGGUGGGAAGGAUUGAGCUGGACCAAGCCUGGCUCCAGGAGAGCUUCCUGCAGAGAGAGGAGAGGGGUUAAUUGGGGCUGGGUUUUCCCUUUCAAGGUGGCGAAAAGCUCAGUUCUGGGAUGGAGCGAAAGCAAAGCACGUGGUGAUGGAGAAAGCGGGUCCAAGGCAAACACAGCAGGACACACACGUCCCACCAGCCUCUCCCGAGCCCAGCACAGCCCAGCCAGGACAGAGCAGGGCUGUGACAGUGUCCUGGUGUCCCCACAGGGGCUGGGCAGACACGGGGGACCCGGUGCUGCCGACGGCACCGGCACGAGCGAGAUCCCCUCCGCUGGUCUCAUUUAUUUAUUUCCCAGUUCUUUGGCUUUAGUUGAUCCAAUCUCUUCAGGGACACCUGGACUUUCUGGCAUCACGCCUCUGAGUUCUGCAGCCUCUGCCCCGUGUCGUGUGUGUGUGCGUGUGUGCGGUUUUUAAUUUAAUUCCAGACUCUGUUUCCAUUUGUGAAUCAAAGCUGGUGGGGCACAGGGGUGGGGGAGCAGCUGCCUCCCAGCCCCACCCCAGAGCACAGCAUGCUGUCUCGGAUGUUUCUUAAAUUAUUUCAUACAUAUAUAUUUAUGUAAUAUAUCUAUACACACACAUAUAUAUAUAAAUAUAUAUAUAAAAGUA